UAACUAUAUGUACUAGUUAUUGGGUAAUACCAUAACUAUAUGGGAGCGAUUGGGACUCAAGGUUAGAUAUAUACCAAGUUUAUGAUUGGACUCUGUAUUUAGUGCUUUUCCAUCUCCUCAUCACACAGCACUAGUGUAAUCGAAAUGCAAUGGCCAACUGCAAGGACCUUAGAUCGAUUAGCAAUGCACCUGUUCAAUGCAAAAGUCCUGCGAAAAUCAAGCCUCCAAGUUCUUCUCCAUUGCAGACUUGUGAAGAGGUAAGCCCUCAGCCUCAGGGUGAAAAGAUUCAACCAAAAAAAAUGACAAGUGUGAUGUGGGAGGAAUUGGAGCAGGAGAUUGAGAAAGAAAGUCCCACAAUACCAACAAGAAGUCAACCUGGAUUGCUUAGUAGAAGGGUUAACAGUGUCUCCUCAAUGAGAUCAUCAAUGGAUCAUUCUCCUUCCUGUAGUCAGAAUCCAUAUCAGCAUCACCAUCAGCAUACUCCUCUGCAUCCUGGCAGGGGAAACCCAGUUCAUCAUGUGAUGAGCUCUAACAUAGGGGUCUCCUGCAACAGAUGUAGGCCUGCAUUUAAGAACAAAGAGAGUCCAGCUGUGAUCCCUUUGCCCGAAUUGCAAGACAUGAUUGGAUUGCCCAGUAAAAACCCAAAUAACAAUGGCAAUGGCCUUCUCAAAUCUUGGUUCUUUUCUAGAACCAAAAAGAUACCCCCCAAAAAGCUGAUUUCUACAGACACAGACAAAGCAGAAGCCCAUUCCUUGAGUCCUGCCAUCAUGAGCAUUGAAGGUUUGAAGCAGAAAUUAGUGCAGGCCAACAUAGGGAGGGAUGUUGCAAUAAGUGAGGUUGCCCAGUUAAGGUCAUCUAUGGUAGAGUUGGAGAAGAAACUAAGGGAAUUAGAGCUUCAUUGUCAUGACCUCAAGCAUGCUUUUGAUCAGACCGCGCAGGAAGGUGGUGUUGCUCGUCCUAAAAGGCCUGUACUUGAAAGUGGUACAAAGGCCUUAAAUUCUGUGCAUGUCUCAUAUGAAACAAAAGUAAAAUGUUUUCUUCAAGUUGUAUCUGAAGCAAGAGUUACUGUAAGACAGUUAUCCAGAAACCUAAUCAUAUCAAUACAUGACAAUGAUUGUAAAGGCCUAGAGAAGCUCACCUCCCUGUUGCAGCCAUUUGAUGUGCAUGUGGGUCCAAGAAUAACUAAAGUUGUUAUGUACCACUUAGAAGCUCUAUUGAAUCAGGCCUUCUAUGAGGAUUUUGAGAGUUGCAAUUUUCAGAAAAAUGGUGCCCAGAUGGUCCUAGACACCUAUGAGAGUUGUGCCAUGAAUUAUAGAUCUUUUAAUGAAUUGAGAAAUUUGAGUUGGGAUGAAGUUCUUAACAAGGGGACCAGGUUCUUCAGUGAAGAUUUUAGCAGGUUCUGUGACCAGAAGAUGGGCUUGAUUGUGUCUAUGCUCAACUGGGCCAGUGCAUGGCCUGAGCAUUUGCUACAAGCAUUUUUUACUGCAGCAAAAUAUGUGUGGCUUGUUCAUCUAGCAGCAUUUUCUUUUCAGCCGCCCCUUGUUAUUUUCAGAGUUGAAAGAUCCACAAAGUUUGAUUCUGUUUACAUGGAGGACAUUGUUGCCGACAGACAAACAAAACAGGCUGCUGCAACUGUCAGAAUUAUGCUGAUGCCAGGAUUUUAUGUCCACAAUAGUGUAAUAAAGUGUAAGGUCUUAUGCAGGUAUAUAUGAUAAACCUCAGAAUUAUUGCUUCCUGCUUCCAGGAAGGCCUUACUUCUAUUAUCUAAGAA